AUGGAUCCUAAUCCCAACCCAAAUUUAAGAGCAACCAUGAAUAUUGAAGCUAUGCAGGUAAGUGAUUUAGUGGCAGAUAGAUAUCCAUACAUAUGUGAUGUCAUGAUGUUUGCAGUUGUAGUACGUGUUUUUGAAAUAUUUCAAUGGGUGACAUAUCGUGCAAAUGAAAAAAUCACCCUCCGGGUAUCCGACUGUGAAUCCACUGUGAGGGUUUUUCAUUCUACAGCCAGUCGUUUGCUUUCCAAUGUGACUUCAAGUCUGUUUAUCACGGGGAUAUUAACUCAAAUGAACGCUCCAAGGGGUGCAGAACCGGUAAUAAUCCCAUUUCUCCAGUCAUUUUUUACUAAUGUUGCACAAGAUGAUAACAAUAUGGGCCGUAAUCUAAUUGUGGUCACAGUCGGUAUUGGUUUCAAUACUACUAUUUUCUGUGAGGGAGGAGAUAUGAUCGAUGAAGUAUUAAAUGGUAAUGGAAGACCCUGUGAUUUUAUAUUUCGGCAUAGUAUUUUUCUUUCUGCAUUUCCAAGAUUUCCUGUGGCUUUUGGUGCAGUGGUUAUAGAACCAUAUGGUGGUCCUGAACCAACAAUGGUUUGCUCGAUCUGCCUUGAAGAGGUUCCAACUGGAACUCAAGUAGCGUGCUUGGCAUGUGAACAUAAGUUCCAUCUCGCCUGUGUUUGGAGAUGGUUCAUGAGAAGCAUUUCCUGCCCACUUUGCAGGUUUCGUUUGCCCCUCCGAGGCGGCUGA